GAAACACUUCAGUAUAUCACAGUAUUUUGUGGAAAUUUAAAGGUAGCAGUUAACCAACUCGAACUAACAAAAUGAAAUUUCUUUUGAGCGUACUUUUCGUGAUCACAUUGGCAGCAUUCACCCAGAGUAUCAACAGUACUUGGGGCACACGAAACAGCACCGAUAUUCUACUCUUACGCGAAAAUGUAGUCCGCACACCACUCGUAAACAGCUAUCAAGCCGUUACAGUAGAUUUCCCAAAAUCCGGUCAAACCAACACUAGAACUAUUACUGCUGUUUAUGUGUUGGAUCGUUUCACAAAUAGCUCUGGUGCUACCGGUUCUCUGUGGUCAGGUGGUCCAGGUUAUCGUUUCGCAACUGUCAAUCUAAAAAGUCAAACUAGCCGCGGUAUCAACUCCACCGUUGAAAUUUAUGGCAAAUAAAGGAUCAAGUGAAUAAUUUUGUGCGAAAUACACGAAAAUGUAUUAAAGUUGCAGUUAAAUAAAUUUAAUUUAUUAACUUAUGAAAAAGAAUAAUAAAUUGAAUAAUUAUACAAAAACUCGUAAGAAGU